GUUAUUGAACUCAUUUAUUCCUAUAACUACAAUCAGGUCGAUGCCAACAGCUACCCCCAGUAUAAAAGCUGUGGCUGUACCCCCAAAUAUCAAACUUUUAGCCUAAGACUCAAAAAUGCCAAGCCUAUCGAAUUUACUUCUCCUCCAUGUGCUGACCGCAUAGUACACUCGAACACCGUCUUUCUUUGCUUUUAUUACUCCAUUCCUUAUCGAUGGAGGCAGCAUCCGGCCCAUCAUCUUGGGAUAGCAUACCCUCAAUGCCCUCGUCGGCGAUGCGAGCAGCAAAGGAUAUCAUGUUCGGGAGUAUCGCAGGCAUGGUCUCCAAAGUCUUUGAACACCCAUUCGACUUGACGAAAGUGCGAUUGCAAUCUCAAGUUCUCGAUACCACUGCUAGAUUCAAUGGACCAAUAGACUGUCUUGUCAAAACAUGGGAAAAUGAAGGCGUUAGAGGUCUUUACCGCGGCCUUCCGGCGCCAAUAGUGGCCGCCAUGCUAGAGAAUGCUUCUUUGUUCCUGUCAUACAGCGAACUUCAAGACGUGAUACGACGGAUAAAUUCUCAGCCUUUGUCACACGAACUUUCGUUACCUCAGCUUGCAUUGGCCGGUGCAGGCGCGGGCUCCAUCACUAGUUUCUUACUGACACCAGUGGAGCUUGUAAAAUGUAAAAUCCAAGUACAGAUGAUUGCCCCCAAGCCGCUUUCAGUCUCGAUACCUGAGUCUACCGCAGCAGCAAGCCUAGACUCAACCCUGGCACCUGUUUCUCGCCCUCUUCCCGGUCCUAUAGCCGUUCUCAUGUCCGUCAUCCGCACAGAAGGCCUCCGCGGCCUUUGGCUUGGCCAAACUGGCACGCUCAUCCGUGAAUGCGGUGGUGGAGCUUCAUGGUUCGCUACAAAAGAGUUCGUCGGGACAAAACUAAUAAAGCGGCGCGGCUCCGAGCUUACACGUAAAGACAUCCUCCCAUGGGAGUCUGCGUUGUCUGGUGCAUGCGCAGGCGGAGUAUUCAACUUUUCCAUGUUCCCUGCCGAUAGCAUCAAGAGUACAAUGCAAACUGAGGAAGACUUGCGUCCUCGAGGCAGUAAUGCCCCCAAGCCAACGUUCCUUGGCACCGCGAAAGCGAUGUACAGGGCACAGGGUGUGAAGGGGCUUUACGCUGGCUGCGGUAUCACUGUUGCUCGAUCAAUACCCAGCAGCGCGAUUAUAUUUCUGAUUUACGAUGGCCUAAGUAGCCGUUUUGGAUAGUAGAAUGGGCACGAGAACAAAUUACCCCGGGCGUAUUCAUAAUAUAGCUGACCUCUCAUGCGAUGUCUUGAUGUCAAAGUUAAAUUUACAUGACAUGUCCUACGUGCCCGACUCCCACGAGUGGGAGGAGGGUUUUGUCAAACGUCGGCGCUCAGGCACCUGCAAUCACUGUGAGAAACUGUUUCCCCAACGUUUCCGAUCAGGCUCUUUUUUCG